GGCGACGAUUCUAAUUACAGUUGAACUUAGCUGACACGUUUUCUCCGUUGAUUUCGACACCUUUAAGAUUUGGAUGCUUUUGCUUCCUUACGCAUCACUCUGCUGACCCACAACGCCAUAAACCUUCCUCAAACUCAAAAGCUUCUUUUUUGUGCCUCAAUUAUCAUUUUCCUCAUCUGGGUCUUAACAUUUUGGUGCAUUGAUUACGCUUUGAAAAAUUCAGUUUUUCCUUGUUGAUUUUGAUCUUCUUCCUUUUGGGAAGAAGAUGGGCACAAAGUUGAGUCUUUUGUGGUGUGUUUGGGUUUUUUCGCUGUUGGGGUGUUGUUGGGGCAGGUUUGUGGUGGAGAAGAACAGUUUGAAAGUCACUACUCCCAAAUCGUUGAAGGGUGCAUAUGAGUGUGCAAUUGGGAAUUUUGGGGUUCCCAAGUAUGGAGGAACAUUGGUUGGGUCUGUGAUGUACCCGAAGGUGAAUCAGAAAGGGUGCACAAACUUCAGUGAUGUCGGUGUCUCGUUUCAGUCCAAGCCAGGAGGGUUUCCCACCUUUCUUCUUGUUGAUCGUGGAGAUUGCUUCUUCACUUUGAAGGCAUGGAAUGCACAGAAUGGUGGUGCAGCAGCUAUUCUUGUAGCUGAUGACAAGGCAGAGACAUUGAUCACUAUGGACAUUCCUGAAGAAGGGAAAGAUGCAAAAGAAGAUUAUUUGGAAAAGAUUAGUAUUCCUUCUGCUCUUAUCAGCAAAACCUUGGGGGAUAGCAUCAAGCAGGCUCUCUCUGAUGGGGAGAUGGUUAACAUAAAUCUUGAUUGGAGAGAGGCUCUUCCACAUCCUGAUGAUAGAGUUGAGUAUGAGUUGUGGACAAAUAGCAACGACCAGUGCGGGCCAAAGUGUGACGGUCUAAUUAAUUUUCAGAAGGACUUUAAAGGGGUAGCUCAGCUACUUGAGAAGAAAGGGUUCACUCAGUUUACCCCACGCUACAUAACUUGGUUUUGUCCCGAGGCAUUUAUCUUGAGCAAACAGUGCAAGUCCCAGUGCAUAAACAAUGGAAGGUAUUGUGCUCCAGAUCCCGAGCAAGAUUUCAGUAGAGGAUAUGAUGGAAAAGAUGUUGUUGUUCAAAACUUGCGCCAAGCUUGCUUCUUUAAAGUGGCAAAUGAAACUGGAAAGCCUUGGAAAUGGUGGGACUAUGUGACUGACUUUUCAAUUCGUUGCCCCAUGAGAGAGAAUAAGUACACAGAAGAAUGCUCAGAUCAAGUUAUUAAAUCUCUUGAUGUUGAUCUGAAGAAGAUUAAAGACUGUGUUGGAGAUCCCCAUGCAGAUGUUGAAAAUCCUGUUCUUAAGGCUGAACAGGCUGCACAGAUUGGUAAAGGCUCUCGGGGUGAUGUUACCAUACUGCCUACUCUAGUUAUAAACGACAGACAGUAUAGAGGUAAGUUGUCAAGACCUGCUGUUCUCAAGGCAAUCUGUGCAGGUUUCCAAGAGACCACUGAACCAUCAAUUUGCUUAACUCCAGAAUUGGAAACAAAUGAGUGUUUGGAAAACAAUGGUGGUUGUUGGAAGGACAAAACUUCAAACAUUACUGCAUGCAGGGACACUUUCCGAGGAAGAGUAUGCGAAUGCCCUAUUGUGCAAAAUGUAAAGUUUUUUGGAGAUGGAUAUACCCACUGUGAAGCUUCAGGAACCUUGAGUUGUGACUUCCACAAUGGUGGUUGUUGGAAGGGAGAACAAGGUGGCAGGGCUUACUCGGCUUGUCUUGAUGAUUAUAGAAAAGGUUGUACAUGUCCACCUGGGUUUAGAGGUGAUGGAGUCCAGUCAUGUGAAGAUAUUGACGAGUGUGAAGAGAAAUCAGCUUGUCAAUGCCCAGGUUGCAAAUGCAAAAACACCUGGGGAAGUUAUGAGUGCAAAUGCAGUGGUGGUUUGUUCUACUCACGAGAAAAUGACACCUGUUUAGGUGCAUAUACUUCUUCAGCAGUGAGUGUCUGGAUGAUUUUCCUCGUAUUGGUUGUUGCUGUUUCCGGAGGAUAUGCAUUUUACAAGUACAGAAUCCAGAGAUAUAUGGAUUCGGAGAUUCGGGCAAUUAUGGCCCAAUACAUGCCUUUGGAUAAUCAACCUGAGGUCUCAAAUCAAGUUCAUCACAAUAUCUAAAUCAAGACAAGUGAUAUCAAUCAGCAUGCUGAGUUCCCCCUUUGUUAUUAUUUAGCUUUGUAAAUUUCCAACCGAAGUCGUCGUGACAUUAACGGUUACAUAAAUUUAUGUCCCUUUUCUCCUCUUUCGUUUUCUCGACUUGUACCAUAUUCUGUUUGACAUUAUACUUAGCAUGGAAGGGUAGGUAUAAAUUAUGAUUUAGUAUUUUACAAUUUUUUUUAUAUAAUUAAAUACAAAUUUUCUAUAGGCUAUA